AAAAAAAACAUCACUACAAUGUCUCCUCUCCUUCUGCUCAUCAUCACUAUCAUUAUCUCUUCUCUCUUUCUCUUCUUAUUCUUCUUCAUCUCCUCCAUCACCACCACCAAAAAGAGCACUACUGGUGCAUUGCCACCAGGUCCAAAAGGAUGGCCAAUCUUAGGCAACCUCCCACAACUAGGCCAAAAACCUCAUCACACUCUUCAAGCUCUCUCCAAGACAUAUGGUCCUCUUUUCCGUCUCCGACUAGGCUCUAUCGACGUCGUCGUCGCCUCCAACGCCUCCACGGCUUCCGCCUUUCUUCGUACUCAUGACUCUAACUUCUCCAACAGACCUCCAAACUCUGGAGCUGAACACAUUGCCUACAACUACCAAGACCUUGUCUUUGCCCCUUACGGUCCCCGGUGGCGCAGUCUCCGGCGACUUUGCUCAUUGCACCUGUUCUCCGUUAAAGCUCUUGAGGAUCUCCGGGGUGUCAGAGAAGAAGAGUUGGGAGUGCUUGUUGAAGGCCUAAUGAAAAUGAAGCAGAAGACAGUGAAUGUCGGAGAGGCGGUGAAUGUUUGUGCGACGAAUGCGCUGGCGAGAGCCACGGUUGGGAGGAGAGUGUUUACGGAGGAGGAGGAAGGAGAGGCCGGAGAGUUUAAGGCAAUGGUGGUGGAGCUCAUGAGGCUUGCUGGAGUUUUUAAUGUGGGGGACUUUGUGCCUUGGUUGAGGCCAUUGGAUUUGCAAGGAGUGGUGAAGAAGAUGAAGAAGCUUCAUAGAAGGUAUGAUGAGUUCUUCGAUAAGAUCAUCGAAGAGCACCGCAGUGAUGUUGGUGGUGGUGGUGGUGGUGGUGAUUUGUUGAGUGUGAUGUUGGCGUUGGAAGAGCUUGAAGAUGGUGGCGGGAAGCUUAAUGAUACUGAGAUCAAGGCUUUGCUAUUGAACUUAUUCACAGCGGGAACAGACACAACAUCAAGCACAGUAGAAUGGGCAUUGGCCGAGCUACUACGGCACCCAGACAUACUCACCAUGGCUCAGAGCGAGCUCGAUGCAGUCAUCGGCCAUGGCAGACUUGUGGCAGAUUCCGAUCUCCACAAACUCCCUCUCAUGCAAGCCAUCAUCAAAGAAACAUUCCGUCUCCACCCACCAACACCACUCUCCCUCCCACGUAUCGCAUCCGAGACAUGCCAAGUUGCCGGGUACCAAAUACCUAAGUCAACCACACUCUUUGUUAACGUAUGGGCGAUAGCCCGUGACCCCGAAGUCUGGCCGAACCCACUCGAGUUCGACCCACAUCGAUUCCUCCCCGGCGGCAAGCACGCUCAUGUCGGGGUUAAAGGGAGUGACUUCGAGCUGAUACCUUUCGGUGCUGGAAGGAGGGUGUGCGCCGGGCUGAGCUUGGGGUGGAAGAUGGUCCAGUUUAUGACAGCCACACUGGUGCACGCUUUUGAUUGGGCCUUGCCGGAGGGAAUGACCGCGGAGAAGUUGGACAUGGAGGAGGCUUAUGGACUCACAGUGCAGAGGGCUGUUCCCUUGAUGGCCAAUCCAAUUCCCAGGCUUAAUAAGGAUGCUUAUAGUGUUAUAUUCUAGCUUUUGACAAGGUGGCACACAACAUCAUAGUUCCACUAUCUCUUAUCUAUGUGAUGGUUGAAAAUAAGUUUUUGAUGUUGUCACGUUGUGCUAUGCAUAAAUGUAUGGAUUCAAGUGAAUAAGUAUAAAGGUACAGUAUAUGCUGAUUAUUAUUACCAAAGUAA